AUGCGCUUACCUGCAGAGGCGCGCACCAGCAUAGGCGCGCACCUGCAGAGGCGCGACGCUGCAGAACCGCACACAUGCAGAGGCGCGGCUGCAGAGGCGCGCACCUGUAGAGCCGCGCGCCUGCAGCUGGCAGAUCCCCUUCAGCUGCCCUGCCGCUUUGGUUUCCCCCUCUGCUUCCCCCCAUUUCGGCCCCAGCUGACCCCUCACUUCUCCCUCUGCUUCCCCUCAUUUCCCCCUCUGCUCCCCCAUUUCCCCCUCUGCUUCCCCCAUGUCCCCCUCUGCUUCCUCUCAUAUCCCCCUCUUCUUCCCCUCGUUUUAGCAUCUCCCCUCCAUCCCUGCCUUCGCAUCUCCCCAUCCCAAGGGCUCAACUCCCCCACACAAGGCGCCACCCUUUAUCCUCCCUUCCCUGCGCUGCCCUGCCCUUCACCCACUGCCCUUCCCUCCCUGCCCUGCCCUUCACUCACUGCCCUUCCCUCCCUGCCCUGCCCUUCACUCACUGCCCUUCCCUCCCUGCCCUGCCCUUCACCCACUGCCCUUCCCUCCCUGCCCUGCCCUUCACUCACUGCCCUUCCCUCCCUGCCCUGCCUUCCCAUGUUCCGAAAUCCAUGA